UCUCUCUCUCUCUCUCUCUCUCAGAGAGCUCAUUUCUGCAGCUGCAUUGUAGAAAGCCUCAUGUCUGCCACUUCCAGCGCAAUUUCAUGUCGGUUUUCCAUCCGAUAUUUCUCGUUUUUAUGUGUGACCUUAUAGCUACACUAGUUGCAUAAUCUUUCCAAAUACAGUCAAGGCAUGUCAAAAGAUAUGCAUGUAUUAAUGAAAAAGUGGAAAAGAGAGUCAUUACCCGUGUCACCAGCCAACAUCUCCGCUAUAUAAACUCUCCCAAGAGACUAAACCCCAUAGAAAUAUAACGGACUCCACUGUGCACUUGAGAAAUUCAAACCUACAGAAUGUCAUUUUCCUGCACAAAAUAUUUCUUUCAACGAUUUUGUGUCGACGAGUUCCAUAUGAAUACGGGUAGCCAAAGUGGCUUCUUCUCUAGCGAUCUCCUCCCAUCCCUUGGAGCCAGAAUCAACCAAGCAACAAAACUUCGAAGAUACAUAAUUUCUCCAUUCAAUCCCCGUUACAGGGCAUGGGAGAUGUUUCUAGUUGUGUUGGUCAUAUACUCAGCAUGGAUCUGCCCAUUUGAGUUUGCAUUUCUCACGUACAAGCAAGAAGAUGCGCUUUUCAUCAUUGACAACCUUGUCAACAGCUUCUUUGCCAUUGAUAUUAUGCUCACCUUCUUUGUGGCAUAUCUUGACAGCCAAUCUUAUCUUCUUGUUGAUGAACCCAGGAAAAUAGCAAUAAGGUCAACAACCAUUAUUUCAUCAUAUUCUUCCUCCGAAUUGUUAUAAAUGACAAGUUCCUUUUUGAGAGAUUAAUCACCAAACUUCCUUCAUCUAAUCCUAUCAUGCUAUAGGUACAUAUCAACCUGGUUUAUUUUCGAUGUCUGCUCAACCGUGCCAUUGCAAUCUAUUAGCCUCCUCUUCACAGAUCAAAGCAGUGGAAUCGGUUUUAAGUUACUCAACAUGCUCAGACUCUGGCGCCUCAGGCGAGUCAGCUCCCUGUUUGCAAGACUUGAGAAGGACAUCCGAUUCAACUAUUUCUGGACUCGGUGCACAAAGCUGAUCUCUGUAAGCCAAUAAGAACUUUAUUAGUGUCCACUUGAAAGCCCUUAUCUAGAUCCUGGGGAAUAUUACCCAUUGAAAUUAUGCAUUCCUUGCCCUUUUUGGUUUGAAAUCAGGUAACCCUGUUUGCAGUACACUGUGCUGGAUGUCUCAACUAUCUGAUUGCAGAUAGAUAUCCAGAUCCAACUAGAACCUGGAUAGGAGCCGUAUACCCAAAUUUCAAAAGACAAAGCCUCUGGAAUAGAUAUGUAACUGCAAUUUACUUCUCUAUUGUAACACUAACUACAACUGGCUACGGGGACUUGCAUGCUGAGAAUCCUAGAGAGAUGCUGUUUGCCAUCUUUUACCUGCUUUUCAACUUGGGGUUGACAUCUUACCUCAUUGGGAACAUGACAAACCUUGUAGUUCACUGGACAAGCCGUACCAGGACUUUUAGGGAGACAGUCAGAGCUGCUUCAGAAUUUGCAAAACGAAAUCAGUUGCCCUCACAUGUACAGGGUCAAAUAUUGGCACACAUAUGCCUCAAGUUCAAAACAGAAGAAUUGAAACAGCAAGAGACCCUGAAUAUUCUGCCAAAGGCAAUUCGUUCGAGCAUUGCGUACUAUCUCUUCUUUCCGAUCAUUCAAAAAACCCGCCUUUUCCAAGGGGUUUCUCAUGACUUUCUUUUCCAACUGGUUUCAGAAAUAGAAGCUGAGUAUUUCCCACCAAAGGAAGAUGUGAUUCUACAAAAUGAGGCCCCAGCAGAAAUGUACAUAGUGGUCUCUGGAGCAGCAGAGUUGAUUGCACAUAUUAAUGGACACGAUCAAGUCCUGGGGAAGGCUGUUGCAGGAGAAAUGUUUGGGGAAAUAGGGGUUUUAUGCCAUAGACCCCAGCCAUUCACGGUUCGGACUAUCGACAUUUGUCAAAUACUACGGUUGAACAGGACUACAUUGAUGAAUGGUAUUCAGACAAAUGCACAGGAUGGUUGCAUCAUUAUGAACAAUCUUUUCCUGAAACUGAAAGAACUGGAAAGCUUUGGCUUAGGCCAACACAUAGAUCCAGGCUCGAUCCUCAGUGAAUGUCUUGAUGACGGAACGAAAGGAGAAAGCUGUUCUCAUGCUGGAGAUCCACUGAUACAGGAAGCAAGGGUUGUAGAUAUACUUGAUUCAGAAGCAGCAGACAAGAAAGACACAGGAAAAGCUUGUAAAUCUAACACAUGUGGUAUUGAUAUGAAUUCAACAGCAGAGGAUAACAAAACAGCUCUUCAUGCUGCCAUUCUUGAGGGGCAUGUUGGAACUGUCAGGAAUCUACUGGAAGAAGGACUAAAUGCAAAAGGGUGGAAACCAAAUAUUCUCGCAGAACAGGGAGGAAGCAAAAGUACAUAUGAUGUUUUACCAAGCUACAAAAAUAUAGGGAUAUUAAGUGAGCACAAAGUGGAUCUUAUCGAACCACAAACAGCUGAAAACAACAGGAAUGGACAAUUCAAACACAUAGGAAAUGGGACCACUAAUUUUUCUGAUUCUUACCUUAGAAACCCAACAUUCUUCAGCUCAAAUGGUUCUAGCUGUCCCACUGAUGCAGGAGUAAAAAGAUCUCUCAAGAGAAGAAUCAUCAUUCACAUGGAGUUUCAAAACAAGAGUAAGUCACAAAAGCAGCUUGGGAAGCUAAUAAUCCUACCUGAUUCACUUGAAGAACUGUUGAUGGUUGCAGGUCAAAAGUUUGGGGGCUACAAUUUUACAAAAGUAGUGAAUUCGGAGAAUGCAGAAAUAGAUGACAUAAGUGUCAUUCGAGAUGGGGACCAUCUGUUUCUUCUUGCAAAUGAGGGUGAAAUUAGAGAUUGUAAUGUAACGAAAUGAUUAUUGAAAUGCUAUACUGCACACAUGCAGAGAGCUUGAAGCUUAAGCAACUGUAUAUAGUUACAGAUUCUGACAAAGUUGGCUAAUAAUUUAAAUUCUCUCCAGAUGGGUAAUAUUUGGGGGGGGGGGGGGGGGGGCUAAAAAAGUCUAUUACUGAUUACCCUUAAAUCAUUACAGCAGGAAAAGCUCCACUAAUUGCUCGAUUCUAUAGCUAUGGAGGGGGGUAAACAUCUCGUAAAAUUGCACUGAUCUAAUGGGCCUAAAAAAUAAGGACUUCCAAAAAAUUCUCUCUCCGUUGGGUUCUCCCAGUGUGACAAAACGGGUGUCGGCCAAGCCACUGAUGCAUUGGAGAAGAAAGCAAUCAAGUAGAGAGCCACCUCUAAAAUCUGCCAACAUCAUAGCCAGGCGUCUAUUACUUCCAGUUGCAACAAUGG